GCAACCUCCAACUCCUGGGCUCAAGCGAGUCUCCUGCCUCCACCUCCCAAGUAGCUAGGACUACAGGCGCCCACCAACGCCCGGCUAUUUUUUGGUUGCAGCCAUCAUUGUUGUUUGGCGAGUCCGGACUGGACUUAAACUCUCCAGCUCACGUGUAUGCCUUAGCCGCUUGAGCCACAGGCGCCGAGCCAUGGGAUCCCAAUUUCUGAACGGUUUUAAAUAGCGUUGGGUGGUGGGAGUGAGGGGAAACAAGCCUUGAGCUGUUUCUCUUCCAGGUUCCAGGCAGCCUGGGGAACCCAUGGUCACUUACUGAAGCACAAGGCUCAAAGGCCAUAGCGUUCAUACACUGGAGGACUUCCUGGCGCGCGUGUCUAGGCAGCAGGGCAACCCUGGUAGCCCAGCAGUCUUCCAGAAGCUGGCCCAGAAACACGGAGGCUUUCCUCUGUUUGGAGGAUGAAUUCAAUCCUCCCCCUCUCUCCUAGCUCCCUAAAAGGCCUUGGGAAGUGUCCUUAUCCUUUCCCCCCUCCAACCCGGAGGCUGCUCUUCCCAGGCCUCCCCAAGAGGUCCACGUAGUCCCCGCCACACCCUCCCUCACACCCUGCCAGGGUCCCUUUAUCUUCCUGCAGCUACGCUCGGACCCGGAGGCAUAGUUGGGUCCACAGCCGGCUCUACAGCUCGCAGGUUCAGGCUAGUCUGGGGCGGAGACUUGGGAGCGCCCAAAAGUUGGGAGGAGGGCGGGGCCGCAGACUCAUCUUUUAAAGGCCGGAACUGGGUCCGAGGCGCCCGCGGCCCUAAGCGGUCCCGGGAAUCGCGCAGGACCCGGCUCCUCUCGCCCCAGCUGCCGGGGGUGGGGGUGUUACCAUGGGCCGCUACCGCAUCCGCGUGGCCACCGGGGCCUGGCUUUUCUCCGGGUCGCACAACAGCGUGCAGCUGUGGCUGGUCGGGACGCGCCGGGAAGCGGAGCUGGAGCUGCAGCUGCGCCCGGCGCGGGGCGAGGUACCGCUGCUGAGUCUGGCCGGAUUGGUCCCACAGGAGGAGGAGUUUGAACUCGACGUUACCCAGGACUUGGGGCCCCUGCAGUUUGUGAAGUUGCGCAAACGCCACUGGCUAGCGGACGACGCGUGGUUCUGCGACCGCAUCACGGUUCAGGGCCCCGGAGCCGGCGCGGAGGCGGCCUUCCCGUGCUACCGCUGGGUGCAGGGCGAGGGCGUCCUGAGCCUGCCCGAGGGCACCGCCCGCCUGGCAGCAGACGAUGCCUUGGAUGUGUUCCAGAAGCAUCGAGAGAAGGAACUGAAGGACAGAAAGCAGAUCUACCGCUGGGCAACCUGGAAGGAAGGAUUACCCCUGACCAUAGCUGCAGAUUGUAAGGCUGACCUACCUCCAAAUAUGAGAUUCCAUGAGGAAAAGAGACGGGACUUUGAAUGGACACUGAAGGCAGGGGCUCUGGAGAUAGUCCUCAAACGUGUUUACACCCUCCUGAGCUCCUGGAACCGCCUCGAAGACUUUGAUCAGAUCUUCUGGGGCCAGAAGAGUACCCUGGCUGAGAAGGUUCACCAGCACUGGCAGGACGAUGAGCUUUUUGGCUACCAGUUCCUUAAUGGCACCAACCCCAUGCUGUUGAGACGCUCCACCUCUCUGCCCUCCAGGCUAGUGCUGCCCUCAGGGACAGAAGAGCUUCGAGCUCAGUUGGAGAAAGAGCUCCAGAAUGGCUCCCUGUUUGAAGCUGACUUCAUCCUAUUGGAUGGAAUUCCAGCCAACGUGAUCCGUGGAGAAAAGCAGUACCUGGCUGCCCCCCUCGUCAUGCUGAAAAUGGAGCCCAGUGGGAAGCUGCUACCUAUGGUCAUCCAGAUUCAGCCUCCUAACCCCAGCUCCCAGACCCCAACACUGUUCCUGCCUUCAGAUCCCCAUCUUGCCUGGCUCUUAGCAAAGUCCUGGGUCCGAAAUGCAGAUUUCCAACUUCACGAGCUCCAGUAUCAUUUGCUGAACACUCACCUGGUAGCUGAGGUUAUCGCUGUCGCCACCAUGAGGUGCCUUCCGGGACUGCACCCUAUCUUUAAGCUCCUGAUCCCCCAUAUCCGCUACACCAUGGAAAUUAAUACCCGGGCCCGCACUGAACUUAUCUCAGAUGGAGGAAUAUUUGAUAAGGUAGUGAGCACAGGUGGAGGGGGCCAUGUGCAACUGCUCCGUCGGGCAAUGGCUCAGCUGACCUACCGCUCCCUCUGUCCUCCUGAUGACCUGGCUGACCGGGGCCUGAUGGGAAUCCCAAGUGCUCUCUAUGCCCAUGAUGCUUUACAGCUCUGGGAUAUCAUUGGCCGGUAUGUGGAGGGCAUCGUCCACCUCUUCUACCAAAGGGAUGAUGUCGUGAGGGGGGACCCUGAGCUGCAGGCCUGGUGUGGGGAGAUCACAGAGGUGGGGCUGUGCCAGGCCCAGGACCGAGGUUUCCCUAUCUCCUUCCAGUCCCAGGCUCAACUCUGCCAUUUCCUUACCAUGUGUGUCUUUACAUGCACUGUUCAGCAUGGGGCCAUCAACCAAGGCCAGCUGGACUGGUAUGCCUGGGUCCCUAAUGCCCCAUGCACAAUGCGGAUGCCUCCACCCACCACCAAGGAAGAUGUGACAAUGGCCACAGUGAUGGGGUCACUACCAGAUGUCCAGCAGGCCUGUCUUCAAAUGGCUAUCACAUGGCAUCUGGGUCGUCGCCAGCCAGACAUGGUGCCUCUGGGGCAUCACAAAGAAAAAUAUUUCUCAAACCCCAAAGCCAAAGCUGUGCUAAUCCAAUUCCAAAGAGAUUUAGAAAACCUGGAAAAGAAGAUCACAGCCCGGAAUGAGCAACUUGACCUACCCUAUGAAUAUCUGAAGCCCAGCCGCAUAGAGAACAGUAUCACUAUCUGAGCCCUAAGCUCCCCAUCCCUCACCCAGAAGACUUCACCUCAGCUUUAGGACUGACAUUUCCAUCUUGAAUUUCAUGCUUUCCUAAGUCUCUGCUGCUAAGGCUUUUUUCUCCCUCAUCAGUAUCUCACUAGCCGAGAGGGCAAUAAACUUUUUCUGUGGAAUGUAAGAUAAUAUUUCUGGCUUUGUAGGCCACAAUCUGUGUCACAAUUACUCACCUGCCCCAUUGUGGCAAUAAGGCAACCAUAGGCAACAUGUAAAUGAAUGCUACUGUGUUCCAAUAAAGUUUUACCUAUAGAUAUGAGCCUCACAUGUUAUAAAAUAUUCUUUUAGUUUAUUCAACAAUUUAAAAAUGAAAAAGUACUUUGUUUGAGAGACAGGCACAGGCUACAGGCUGGAUUUGGCCUUCCAUCCUGCUCUACCCUGAGGCCCUGACUCUACUUCCCAAAUCUCCAAGAUCAUGGUUGAGGAGGGAGAAUUCUCUGUUCCCAGGAACAAAUUGCAUGCUUGUUGGCCAAGUUAGAAAUUCCUGAAUCUGGACGGCACCUGUGACUCAGUGAGUAGGGCACCGGCCUCAUAUACCGAGGGUGGCAGGUUUGAACCCGGCCCCAGCCAAACUGCAACAAAAAAAUAGCCAGGCAUUGUGGCAGACACCUGUAGACCCAGCUACUCAGGAGGCUGAGGCAAGAAAAUCGCCUAAGCCCAAGAGCUGGAGGUUGCUGUGAGCUGUGAUGUCACAGCACUCAACUGAGGGUGACAGAAUGAGACUCUGUCUCUUAAGGAAAAAAAAAAAAAAAGAAAUUCCUGAAUCUAUGGGCAACGCCUGUGGUUCAGUGAGUAGGACACUGGCCCCAUAUACCCAGGGUGGCAGGUUCCAACCCGGCCCCAGCCAAACUACAACCAAAAAUAGCCCGUAGUCAUGGCUGCCUGUAGUUCCAGCUACUCCGGAGGCUAAGGCAAGAGAACUGCCUAAACCCAAGAGCUGGAGGUUGCUGUGAGCUGUGACAUCAGCGCACUCCAAGGGCAACAAAGUGAAACUCUGUCUCUAAAAAAAGAAAAGAAAAAUAAAAAGAAAUUCCUGAAUCUGUUCCUUAGCAAUUUUCCCUCCACCUCAUUUCUGCUAUUCACACAUAUACCCCAAAAGGACCUAAUAAGAAUGGUGUUUCUUUGUGGCGGGAGCCUGUUGUCCCAGCUACUCGGGAGGCUGAGGCAAGAGAAUCGCUUCUCCAGGAGUUGGAGGUUGCUGUGAGCUGUGUGAUGCCAUGGCACUCUACCGAGGGUGAUAAAGUGAGACUCUGUCUCUACAAAAAAAAAAAAAGAAUGGUGUUUCUAGGGCAAAAUAAAAACCUUUGCCCUUUCCUUCUCCAGACAGUCCCAAAUAAAAGAAAUAUGAAAUUCAUGUUUCAAGGCCACUUUCUCAGUCUAUUUAGUACCCUGGGAUCUCUAUGUGUUUACCAGGUUCCAAGUUCUCUUUCACAACCUUUUAAGAACAGUAUGCAUAAAAUAUGCACAGUGAGUCUUUGGUUCUGGGGUCUCAGGAUCAAAAUGAUUCCUCUCAAUCAUGCUGAGGUCACUGUUCUCACUAGACUGUUCUUCAAACAUCCCUCUUUCUCCUAAACAAUUAUUACAAAUCUGCCUCUCACCAGCAAAGUCUGAAAACUUUUUUUUAGAGGGAAUGAUCUAUUUAUAUUUUUUAAUUUUGUAUCCUACCUUAUUCAAAGGACUUAGAGAAUCAGUUUCCAUGGUUUACAAUAGGGAAGCAAAGUGACAUUUUUGUGUUCUUAUUCCUUUCUUCAGCAUAUAUACAG